CUAGACCAUCAUUAUGCUUUGAAGUGUUCCCAUAACCAAACAUAACUUUUAUACACCCAGUAGUGGCAAUUUGACACGUAUCAUUUCGUUUUUAUUUAUUAAAUAAAUAAAAUGAAGAAGGAAAAAGAAACUCUGUCCAAUAUUUGGAAAUAAAAUAAAACUGAUUUCGAGUAAAACGAAAGCACAACAAUAAUGGAUGACACAGAUGAUACAGAUUUUUACGAUACGAUCUCUGUAAAUUCAACGGCAUCAAGUCGGCAUAAGAAUCGGAACAGCAUUACACAGUCAAGGCAUACAAUAUACCAUUCAGCUGAAGAUUUGGAAUUAUUGACCAUAAUGUCAUCAGGACGUGAUAGCGGAGACCAUAGAAAAAAGGUUUCUGGUCAUGUUAUUAUAUCUUAUGCGCAGUGGAGAUCUAGGAACUGGAAUCGUUUUAGAGACGGUGAGCGUACAGUGGACUUUGUUUUAGCAUAUACACCAAACGACGUCAACGACCAUGAGAAUAAACGUAGAGUAUUCGAAAGGAAUUUAACAGAUGAAGGUUUAAUAUUGGAACAUGAAGAAACGCAACGAUUACAUUUUGUUAAAAUACAUGCUCCCAAGGAAGUGUUAUGUCGAUAUUGUGAAAUUUUAAAAUUGCGUAUGCCGAUUAAAGAAUCUAAAAUCACUAUAAACUGUAAAAAACGAUUUCAUGUCAAUUUGGAGCUUCCUGGUCAAGAAACAAUUGUGGAUCCUUCAUUCGAUUUACGAUCAAUAUGUAGUAAAUUACCUGACAUAUUUAAUGUAAGAUUAGAUAAAAAAUUAUUUCCUGAACAAAAAUAUACAUUAACCGCUGAAUUUUCUCGAGAUAAAGAUUAUUUAUUUGAUAUUAAUGCAGAUAAUUUUUUUACCACAUCCGUUAAGUCAAUGGUAGUAAAUUUUAUUUUAGAACGAACAAAAUAUAAAGAUGAUCCACAAGCCACUUUUGAUGUUGGCAUUGAUAGAUUGUUACAAGCUCAAGUGUAUCAAGCUGCUUAUCCUUUACAUGAUGGUGAUCAUCAAAAAGAAGGUUCUAUGCGUGCAUUAUUAUUUAAUGAAUGGGCUCAAUGUAACAAAUGGAUAAAAUAUCAACCAAUCGAUUACAUUAAAGAUUAUUUUGGUGUAAAAUAUGCAUUAUACUUUGCAUGGCUUGGUUUUUAUACACACAUGUUAAUACCCGCAUCAAUAUUUGGUGUUAUUUGUGUAUUAUAUGGUUUAGCAACGGUUUCAAAUGAUAAAUUCAGUUCGGAUAUAUGUAAUCCAAAUUUAAAUAUUACAAUGUGUCCAUUAUGUGAUGCAAAAUGUGAUUAUUGGAAUCUCACAGAUGCUUGUACCUUUUCACGAAUUAGUUAUAUAUUUGACAAUCCAUUUACAAUUGCAUUCGCUGUAUUUAUGUCUUUUUGGGCAGCUUUAUAUUUAGAAUUAUGGAAACGUUAUAGUGCUGAAAUUACACAUCGAUGGGGUUUGACUGGUUUUGAUUUACAAGCUGAACAUCCACGACCACAAUAUUUAGCACGAUUAAGUAAAGCGAAAAAACGUAAAUUAAAUGUUGUUACACGAGUAUUAGAACCGGUUGUGCCUUUUUGGAAAGUGAAAUUUCCAUCAAUUAUACUUAGUUUUUCUGUUGCCAUUUUGUGGAUUGCAAUCGCCAUUGCAGCAGUCUUUGGUGUUGUUAUAUACAGAAUGUCUCAAAUAACAUCACAAAAUAUUUAUGGAGAAGAUGGUUCAACAACACAAAAAAUAGCAACAAUACCAAUAACAGCGGCCAUAUUAAACUUAAUAUGUAUAUUAAUAUUAAAUAUUAUUUAUGAUAAAUUAGCUGUGAAAUUAACAGAAAUGGAAUAUCAACGUACUCAAACUGAAUAUGAUGAUAGUUUAACAUUAAAAAUUUAUAUGUUCCAAUUUGUUAAUUAUUAUUCGUCAAUAUUUUAUAUAGCAUUUUUAAAAGGAAAAUUUGUUGGAUAUCCAGCUAAAUAUAAUCGAAUAUUUGGUUUGAGACAAGAAGAGUGUAGUCCUGGUGGAUGUUUAAUGGAAUUAUUUAUACAAUUAGCAAUUAUUAUGAUUGGUAAUCAAUUUAUGAGUGCUGUAACUGAAACAGUAAUACCACUUUUAAUGAAAUGGUACAAUACAUUUACGAUAAAAACAGGGUUAGCACAAAAACGAGACGAAGAUGAUUUGAUAUGUUGUAAUCAAUGGACCGAGGACUACAAAUUAAACGAUAUUGGUCCUAGAGGAUUGUUUGAUGAAUAUCUUGAAAUGGUAAUGCAGUAUGGAUUUAUAACAAUAUUCGUAGUUGCAUUUCCAUUAGCACCACUGUUAGCACUAAUCAACAACGUAUUUGAAAUGCGAUUAGAUGGAAAAAAAUUUAUAAAAUAUUAUCGCCGACCAGUGCCUUUUCGUGUUAAAAACAUCGGUGUAUGGUAUCGCAUUUUAGCUGUCAUCAGUCGAAUAGCUGUUGUCUCCAAUGCAUUUAUUUUAGCUUUCUCAUCAAAUUUCAUACCACGUUUAAUGUACAUGUUAACUGUGAGUCCUGAUCAUACCGAUAAUGGAUUCUUAAAUCAUACAUUAGCAUAUUUUGAUACAUCUGAUUUUCAAUAUGGUGCAAGACCGUUACACUCAAAUUUUAAUGUAUCGAUGUGUCGUUAUGCUGAAUUUCGUAAUCCACCAGACGAUGUACAGAAAUAUAAGCGACCAAUACAUUAUUGGCAUUUAUUUGUUGCACGUCUGGCAUUUGUUGUCAUUUUUCAAAAUUUCGUUGGAUUUAGUAUGACAAUUGUUGAGUGGGCCAUACCGGACAUGUCUCGUAAAUUGCGUGAUCAAAUUAAACGUGAAGCUUAUUUAACAAAUGAAAUUAUUAUUAAACAAGAAGCACUUCGAACAAAAGGUUUAAUUAAUCGACAAUCAUCAAUUAAAAAACAAUUUGAAAAUGGAAAUAAUAAUUCUCCAAGUACGGUAGAUAAUUCUCCGGUUCAUCAUCGUUCAUCAAACGGCGGAGGAGAUGCACCAAUUUUAGAUGAAGACUAAAGAUAUCAAUAUCGAAAUAACAUGAAUUAACUCGAAUAUUUAAUAAUUUAAGUGCUUGGCUUGCCAAAAAAGAAAAAAAACCUGAACUACCUUUUUUUAAAUAUAUAUAAAUCAUAUUAUUUGUAUCAGUAAAAAGGACUAAGUCAAUAAGUGCCUGAAAUUGAAAUUUUUAAUGAUUAUUUCUGUACUUAUUUUUACUAUUAAAAUUAUUGCAAAGGCAAUACAUAAUUUUGAAAUAGAUUUGACAAGAUGCGUAUCUAACUGUAUUAAUUUAAUACUCAUUUUUGACUGCCAAAUCAUUUGAUUUAUAUGAGCGAUAGUUUUUAUAUACUAGGACUGCAGUCACGCUUCCGUCAAAAUUAACACACUUUUUGAACUCUUUAAUAUUAUGUAUGUAAUUUUAACAAACGUCAGGAAAACGUGUGUUUAAAUCAACAGUGAGACCGCAAUUGAAGAGAAUUGUAAUAUAAAAUCAUUAUUCAUCCUAAAAUAGUAAUCGCGAAAAGUCAUCUAACAAAAAUUUAUGUUCAUAUUUUAAAAGGUUGUGCGACUUAAUUACACAGGGUUUUUAUAUCACCAAAAAGAAAAUCCAUG